UCAUUCCAACCCAUCAAUUUUAUGUAGCUGGACUGCUGCUUGUAGUGAUGUUUCUUGUCUUGUUGCUUUUAAUUCUGCAAGGUUCCUUUGCAUGCCACUUAUCGUUCCUUUCAUUUUAUUGAUGGUUCACUUGACUCUGAAAAUUUUUGAACCAAGUAAAGACAGAUAAAUAGAAUAGGGAGGGCGGAGGAGGAGGGAGGACGAAGAUUGGAUUUGGAAAAGCAUUUUAGCUGAUGAAAAUUUGAUUCAGUGACACACUGACACCUAUAUCAAAUGAAUCCAGUAAGUGAUAUUUCAAUUUAUUAGUCAGACAUUUUAACCCUAGUUAGGGACUGUGAGAAUCCUGAAAUUUGGUGUGGCAGGCCCUAGAGCGGUGAGUUCAUUCACCACCACUCUGUCAUUGCCCAUUGGUGGGCCACGCUUUACUUUUCUUGAAAGGCUUUCUCUAAAUUGACCAAGAGGUUCAAGCAUAUCUUAUAUUCCUCCAAUGCUCCCAAUAAUGACCAGAACUAGUAACCAGGGAAUCUAUUUACCUACCUUGAAACCUGUUUAGAAGGAAUCUUUUUACUUACCCUCGAAGAUCAAUCUUUGAUCCUUCUCAAAUUCUUCAACCUAUCAGACAAGUUGUUUGAGAAUUAGAUGAUUUUGAGAUGAUUGUGUUGGUGUACGAUGUCUUGUAUUCCAUCACAGUUUAAUCAAGGGAGUACUUGUGCAGGCGCCUAGAUAGGCAGGAUGGCGAUCCCACUAUAUUGAGAGGUGUGAGGACUUGGGCAAUCUUGCCAGACCUCGUUGAUAUGAGCGCUAUGACCAUGGAAUCAAGUAUCAGUAUCAGAUCAGCAAGAUUGGUCGUAUCGGAUCGGUAUCGGCUGAGAUCGAUCCCGAUACCUGACCGAUCCUGAGACGGGUAUCAGUAUUGUCUUGGUAUCGGAUACCGAUCCGGAUCAUCCGAUCCGACCCAAUCCAUUAAAAAAAUAUUUUUAAACUCAAACUUAUAAAGGACGAACAGAAGAGAGAGAGAGAGAGAGAGAGAGAACGAAGAGGGUCACACUCGUUCUUCAACCUUAGCAAGCAUCUCCGACAUCCUUGAUUUCUCGAUUUUCUUGUUUUUGAGAAUUCGAAGCACUUGCCAAGAUGCAGAACGAAGAAGGGCAAAACAUGGGUCUUUACAUCCCCAGGAAAUGUUUUGCCACAAAUAGGCUGAUCACUUCAAAAGACCAUGACUCGGUCCAGAUUAAUAUCGGGCAUGUUGAUGAGAAUGGCCUAUAUACUGGCCAUUUUACUACCUCUGCUAUUUACGGUUUUGUCCGAGCUCAGGGAGAUGCUGAUAGUGCACUUGAUCGGCUAUGGCCGAAGAAGAAGGUUGAAGUUCACCAAUAGUAAAAGUGGGGGAUUAUUUUUUUGGUUGGAUUUUGCUACAAAAGCCUGCUUGAGUGCGAAUAGAAACUUUUACUUGUUUUGAUCCUACUUUUGGCUUGGUAUGGGAUGGUAAAAAACUAACGAUAGAGAUGUGAUGAAAGAGUACUUCGUCAUUGUGUCUUUAUUUGUGUGAGGAUUCAGAUUUUUCUUAUUAACAAUUUAAAAAACCCUUAGUUGAACUUUAGUCAACUCCUAUGCCUUCAGUAAAAGUUUGAAUACUAAAUUUUGUGGCAUUUUGAGAUUUAAAAGAGAGAGAGAGAGAGAGAGAUCUAGGGUUUUGAACAAGUGAUUUAAAAAGGAAAA